GGGGGUGGCAUUAGCUGCUACCACAAAACGUCUGCACCGACAUGGCAAUGAAUGGAGAAUAUAGUCCACAGUGUAAGCGUCACUCUCCACAACGUUAUUGAAAAGCAUACAUGUUCGUCAGGAGUGCUAUAAUAAGGGGCAGGGAAGUAACCUAGGGGUGGCGCCUAGGUUUAGCCACCGUAUGGCACCCUUAAGGCGGCGGUCGAGCUUGACCGGCAGGCUCCAGGCCGCAGGCGGGCGUUGUCCCACCAAAGUUUGGGGGAAACACCAACUCUGGAACACCAACGCCAACGCCAACAAACGACGCCAACGGCAAUGGUAACGGUCCAAACACGACCACCGUUAAUCUCAAUUUUACUGCAUCAGCGCUUGAUCAAACCUCCAGACGCUGGAAUUGUGAUUCGACAUAUAGACAGAAACAUCUCUGAAGUCGACCACAUCCCAUGGCAUCAAUGGCGACAUCUACUGCUGCUCAUCAUGCAAGCGACACAGAAUCCACCGGACCAGAGUCUCCACAGUCAGAUACUGACAUGAACUGGAACGACGCGGUCAACGAAGAUGGUGGACAAGACCACACUGAAGCAACCUUUGCUCAUAUCGAUCCUUCAACGGGACUCACUACCGAGGAGAAAGAGAAGUGGAAACGUUCCGGCCACAAACCCGGUAAUUACAUCUGUCCAGAAUGCGGCAAGGGCCUUUCGAGGAUAGACUCUCUCACCAGACAUCGCAGAUCCAGACACCGUGUUGGAAGGCAGUACUUCUGUCGGCACCCGGGGUGCCGAAGACAGACCUGGGGCUUCGGACGCUUUGACAACUAUCGGCGUCACAUGGAAAGCUCCCACGCCAUCACUAUCGAGCCCAACGAUAUGGAGGAAAGACAGCGUGCUGUUCGUGAAGCGCCAAUCAACGAGUCACUCAAGUCGCCCCGCGUCGUCAAAUUGAGUGUAGCUGCUCAGUCGAGCAAGGCUGAAAAGCGAGGGAGCUACAUUUGCAUCCCCGUACCUAUACAGCAGCAGCAGCGGCGGCGGCAAGAACAGCACGGAGUCGACUCAUCCAGAGCAUUUCAAAAACCGGCAGCUGUACCUCAACACCACACUACCAAUGCUCCUCCGAGUUCCGCCUUCUUUGGGUCAUUACGGCCAGUUGUCGAAGAUGUAGAAUCGCUCGACAAGGACGAACUCAUCAGGAGGCUACGAACGAAAACAAGGGAGUGCGAUGAGCUGCAACAGCGCAAUCGGGUGCUGACGCUGGAGCGAGAUGAGUAUCUGGAAGCACUGAAGAUAUCUGAAGGGCUUCGAGGAGUCUGAUUGCUGCCGUACUACGCGAGGCGAUGCUGGGGAUGCAAUUGGAUUACUGCUGUGAAACACAGAAUGUUGCUUUGCGCAUGUCCACUUGAUCUCAGCUUAUACCCUCCCGGUCAAAUAUCACUCGCAAACCUGUGCUGUCAUUAUGUGUCA